AUGGACGGUGGGAGCUCGGUCCGCUUCAGCCACGGCGUGGCAGCCGGUCCCGCGCACCUCGCCGGCGGCGGCGCUCAGCAGGUGAUGCUGGCCGGCGCGGCGGGCAUGUUCCCUGACGGCAUGGGCUCCUCGUUCCUGCUCGGCGCCGGCAUGCUGGCGCCGGGCGGCAACAUAGUCCAGCCCGAAGGGUACCUGGCGCCCGCACCUAGCUCCCUGCACGCCGCGUGGAAUGGCGUCGCGGCCGCCGCCGGUGGGCAGCAGCAGCACCUCCCGGCGGGCGCCGGGAGCGGCGUCCUGAGGCUGCCGCCAGUCAGGGGCCCCUGGACCGAGGAAGAAGAUGAAAUGCUGAAGGCGAUGGUGGAGGUGUACGGCGACAGGAAGUGGGCGGCCAUAGCGCGGCACCUCCCCGGCCGGAUCGGCAAGCAGUGCCGCGAGCGGUGGACCAACCACCUGCGCCCGGAGAUCGACAAGAACACCUGGACUGAGGAGGACGACAUGAACCUGAUCGAGGCCCACAAGGUCCACGGGAAUCGCUGGUCGAUGAUCGCGAGGACAUUGGAGGGGCGGUCGGAGAACUCCGUCAAGAACCAUUGGAACGCCACCAAGCGGAGCCUCAAGGCCAAGCGCCGCCUGAAAAAGAAGAAGAACGCGGAGGCGCCCCCCGGCCAGCAGUGGUCCAUCCUGGAGGAGUACAUCCGCAGCCUGCGCCCCGACGAGCUAGCCGCCGCGCCGCCGGCGCCGUCGGACGAUUCCCCUCCGUCCUCGUACAACGUCGGGUACGACGGCGAGGUUGUCAGCCCGCCCGCGGCGCCGGCCCCGGCCCCGGGCGGAGGCUUCGACCCGGCCGCCUUGAGGCUGUACCUCAGCGCCGCCGCCGCCGGCAACAGCUCGUCGGCCGUCAAUAACCAGCUGGCGGCGAUGAACCCCAACAUGGCGGCGCCGCCGCCGUACCUGGGGCUUGACCUGAACGCCUACUACUACGGCGCACCGCUGCAGCAGCAGGCGCCACCGCAGAUGAUGAUGAUGAUGAGCCAAUACCAGCAGCAGGCCGCCGCCGACAACCGGAGCACCUACCCGUUCGUCGACCACCUGGCAUGGCACUCGCCCGUGCCGAACGCCGACGCCUACGCCACUAGCAGCAACGCCAAUGCCGCCGCAGGCCAGCACUACUACUACAACUACAACAGCGACGCGGGCGCCGGGCCGAGCCCCGCCCCCGCCCCCGCCCCCGCCCCCACCGCCACCGCCGCCAACCCGGAGGACGACGUCGACGUCGUCCAGAUGGCAUCCAGGGAGUUCCAGCUGAACACGUCCGACGAGGAGGUCACCCUCAACCUCGCCGGGUUCGUGUGA